AUGUCGCGAUGGCUUGUGGGAAAUUAUUUUGCACUUCCGCGAACAACUGGACUGCGAAUGCGAUGUGAGAUUUUCCAUUAUAUAUAUGGUUUUGACCGAGAGAUAUUCUCCAACAAUUCCGCAAUGUGGCACGGAAGAAUUGCGUACAAAAAUGCGAUUCUCUCAGCAAGAUCAAAAUAUGAAGCAGUUUUCAACCCAGCAAUAAAGAAGAUAUCAAGCUUUGAACAAUCCCCACUGAAGAAUCUUGACCGUGGUGGUGGCAGUUCUCUCGCUUACCGAUUUACUCCAGGCAAAUCACCGGGUAUCAUGUUCAUACCGGGUUACAUGUCUAAUAUGAAUGGUGGUAAAGCACUGGCUUUGGAGAAGUACAGCAAAGAGAAUGGACAUUCAUUUGUAAGGUUUGACUAUCAAACUGAAGAUUUUUCUAUCAAUCCAGUGAAAACUGUGCAAACAUGCAUUGGUGAUUGUUUGGCUGUUUUUGAUCGACUAACACAGGGACCUCAGUAUAUUGUAGGCUCCAGCAUGGGGACGUGCAUGAUGUUACUAUUGGCAUUAGAAAGACCAGAAAGAAUUGUAGGACUGAUAGGUGUGGCAGCUUUUACUGCAUUUCCCAAACACAAUCAGAUUGCAGAUACUUUGAUGCAGGCUGAAGAUCUAAUGAAAUACCAGAGCAUGUUGCUAGGAGACAGCAUCAACAUUACUUGUCCUGUAAGGCUCAUCCAUGGCAUGGACGAUGACACAGUUCCAUCUGAAUCUUCAUUGGACAUUGCUAGGAGACUGAAAAGUAAUGAUGUAGAUGUGAUUUUGAGAAAGUGUGGAAAACAUAGGAUGUCCACUGAUAGGGACUUGGAUCUUUUAAUUCAGACAUUGGACCAGUUGAUAAGGCAUUCAGCUAAACUUUGAUUUGUAGUAUAUGAUGAUUUGAUGAUGUUUAUAUUGAACAAAUCACGGUUAUAAAGAUCCACUAGUAUCUGUAUUAGUAUGAUUAAACAUGUACA